AUGGAGUGGAGAGACAUUUUUGGGGUUGGACUCCUGUUAAGAGAUUUGGGGCUUAAUCGUGAUCCCAGGUUGAAAUCGAGGCAUUCCAUCCAACAGGAUCACGGUUCGCAGUUAAAUUCGGGGCUUAAUCGUGAUUCUGUGCAUACCGGACAGUUGCAACGUAAUCCGACCACCAGAUCUUUAUCUCCUCUUCCUGACACUAAUCUCUCGGAUUCAUUUAAGGAAGCUCAAUCUGAGAAGAGGAGAUUUUCUACUCCAGGCCCGCGAAGAAAAGAACCCGAUAGAAAGAUUCCAAGGAAGAUUUUCGCUAGAGAUUCUCAUCGUACUUGGGCAUCGGAUUCCUCGUCGUCGUCAACUUCGAUUUCUGAUAAAUUGAAUAGCCGAUGGGAGUCAUCAUGGACGAAGUACUUUGAUCAUGGAGGAGGAAGGGUCACUGCGGUGGAAACUACUGCAGAAUUCAAGGUUGAUCUCUCUCAGUUGUUCUAUGGGCUUAAGUUUGCCAUUGGAGCUCACAGUCGAAUUUACCAUGGAAUUUAUAAGGAUGAACCUAUUGCUAUGAAGAUUCUUAGCCCACCUGAUGACGACGAAAAUGGAGCCAUAGCAGCUCGGCUGGACAAGCAGUUCACUAGAGAAGUUACUCAUCUGUCUCAUCUCCACCAUCAAAAUGUGAUCAAGGCUGCUGCACUUAGGCUAGAAAUUAGAGGUGGGGAAUGGAGAAAAGCUUAUUUGCAGAUGGAUGGGGAACCAUGGAAACAGCCAAUGGACAGAGAAUUCUCAACAUUUGUGGAGAUAAGAAGGGUUCCUUUUCAAUCGCUAAUGAUAAAUGGAGAUUGA